AUCUCGCUCUCACGAUUAGCUCGGCCUAUACUGCACCGCGAGUGCACAUUCAGUCCUUCGAGAUGGUCAGAUUGCACGCCCAAGACCUUUCAUGGGUUCAUAGCUAUGCACACGUUCACACCCGUCGAGGAACCUCGCGACUGCCGAAAUGAUGGUAGAACUGCGUCGAGUGGCGACUAUUUCUCAAUGCAAAAGCAUAGUCAGAUGCUUUCACCUGACCCGACGCCAUAUGAAGCGCAUGGCUACUUACCACUUUGUUCUGUUGCGGCGGUUGCAGAGAAUGCAGUCGACUACUUUGUUAACAGAAGUAAUGCAUCAACAGAAUCUCCGGGUCUAAGCGAAAACACAGAUUUCUGCAUUCUGAAGAGUGUAGAUGACGGCGAACAAAAGAGCAUUCAGACGCAACAGCUCGAGGGCUAUGUUCAUGCGAGCCAUCUUCCGCUCAGUAAGCCUUCGCAUCAGACGAAAAUUCUGAUCAAAGAGCAUGGUCUUUUGUCUGGACCGGGAGAAGACAUUGAAUUUGGGCUGCGCAGUAGUAAUGGCGACGAACAGCACGAAGGAGAGUGCAACAUAUGCGAUAGUUCAUGUACUGGUCGCACUAGUCUGGAAAUUGACGGAACCCAAUCAGAGGUUCCUAUAGAGAAAACUUCCGUGGAGGGAAACCGGGUUCUGGUGCAGAAUAUAAUGAUUGGAAAGGUACUAACAGAGGGGCAGAACAAGCUUCAUGCUCUCGCGAAGGUAACUAGGUGGAUGAAAGACCAGGAAGAUUAUCAGACCUUCAAGGCAAAGCUGACAAAUGAAUCGCAGAGGAAGAAAUGUAGACAAGAAGACCGCAAUCAUUCACCGGAAAAGUGUUGUAGAGACAAACCGGAAGAAGGGCAUACGGCUUGACGAACUGACCACCAACGACAACUCGCAAUAUCAAGUAUCCAGCGAGUCGCCUCUCGCCACCAUUGGAUGACGCGGGAGCUGGAACAUAUACUCCAUGUCCAUACUCACACCGGAAAUGGUAGUAACGGAAUGUUAGCUGUACGGUGGAGCAUUACCUUGGUUGUAUUGAUGUUCCAAGAUCAACUUUGAUUUCGUCGCGUAUGAUGCUGUCGUGUCUAGAUUGCUCUAAGUACUGACGUUAGAAGAUGUCUGGAGGGCCCUGUAAUCGUAAUAAGUCUGUGCUCCAUGACUUGGCGCUCCAUUGAGCGGGAUGCUCGUGCAUUGAGAGAUG